AUGCGGUUCCUGCAGCCGGUGCUGCUCGGGCUCUCACUCUUUUCUUCCGCCUGGGCUCAGGACGCGGAGGCUGCCUCGGGCAAGCAGCGCCAUAGCUACCAGAGUGAUGUAGCGCGUCUACGCAACAUUGUCAUCAACAGUCUUUACUCUCACCGGGAGGUUUUCCUUCGCGAACUCAUCUCCAACGCCAACGAUGCGCUCGAGAAGCUCCGCAUGACCUCGCUCACGAACCGCGAGUACUGGGAUGGCGGCUCUGAGCUCAAUGUCACCAUUCGCGCCUACCCGGGCGAAGAUGGCAAACCUGGGCGCCUUGUCAUUGCCGACAACGGUAUCGGCAUGACCAAGGAAGAGCUCACCGCCAACCUCGGCACGCUCGCAAAGUCCGGAACUACCGAGUUCCUCUCCAAAUCCGAGAACGGAGAGCUUGACGCGCAGGGACAGGGCAAUCUCAUCGGCGCCUUCGGUGUUGGCUUCUACUCGUCUUUCCUCGUCGCGGACCAGGUGUUCGUCGCCUCUGUCCCUGCCGAAGCCGCGUCCGACCCUAGCGCACCACAGUGGGUGUUCGCGAGCACAGCGGCGGAGAGCGAUUUCGAUAUCUAUGAGGAUCCCCGUGGACGGACGCUUCAGCGAGGGACGGAGAUCACUCUUGUGUUGAAGCCGGAUGCGGAGGAGUACCUCGAACCGGUCACAAUCGCUCAGCUCAUCGGCAAACACUCGACUUUCUCUACUUCAUUCCCCAUCUACACCUGGGAGCAGAAAGAAGAGCGCGUCCCGGUCGAGAAAGAGGAGAAGCCCGAGGUGGCCACGCCCGAAGACGAGGACGAGGCGGUAUUCGAGGAGGAGCCUGAAGAGACCGAGGCGACGGAGCCCGAGUUCACCACUGUCACUGUCGAGCGCUGGGUACACUCAAACCCCCAACCGCCGCUCUGGACCAUGGAGUCGAAGAACAUCUCCGACUUCGAGUAUGAACUCUUCUACCAGACGACGUUCAAAGACUUCCAGGAGAAGCCGCUGGCCUGGCACCAUUUCUCCGGCGACAUCGGAUCCGGCGUGUCCUUCAAGGCCUUACUCUUUAUCCCCGGCCAUCUUCCCGAAUCGUUCUGGAACGCGCCCUUGCAGGAUACGCUUCGCGAGAUCAAACUCAUGGUCAAGCGUGUCUUCAUUACGUCGGACAUGGGCGAAGGCUACCUCCCAAAAUGGGCCUCCUGGCUCAAGGCUGUCGUCGACGCGGACGACCUCCCGCUCAACGUCUCGCGCGAGACCUUACAAAACACGAGCUUCCUGAAGCAGAUCAAGAAUGCGCUGCUCAAGCGUGUCAUUCAGACGUUCACGAAGGUCAUGGAGGAAGAUGACGAGAAGUUUAAGAAGAUCAGCAAGGUGUAUGGAAAUGUGUUCAAGUUGGGCGCAGUAGAGGAUGAGAAGAACAAGGAAAAGUUGGCGAAGCUUGUCAGGCUCAACACGAACCAGCGCGAGUUCAUCUCGCUCGACGACUACGUCGAGAACAAGAAGGAAGGCCAGAAGCAGCUAUACUACCUUGCUGAUCUCGGCAAGACGAAGGAGGAUCUCAUGCGCAGUGUCUUUGUCGAGAAGCUUCACGCGCGUGGCUACGAGGUGAUGUUGCUCACGGACCCCAUCGACGAGCUCUUCGUACAAAACUUGCGCAAGUGGCAAGGUAUCCCCUUCCAAGAUGCCGCGAAACAAGGCCUCAAGUUCGGUGACGAGAAGCUCGACCCCGAGGAGGAAAAGGCUCAGCUCAAGGCGUGGAAGGAGAAGUUCGCGCCGUUGACCAAGUGGCUCAAGACUCAGGCCGACCAAGUCGUUCGUCAAGUGGUCGUCUCCGACCGCCUCGUAACCUCCCCAUGCGCGAUCUUCGCCGACGAGCGUGGUUUCACGGCCAACAUGCAGCGUAUGAUGCAGAACGGGCGUAAAGCGCAGGAGAAGGACGACCCGACGCGGAUGAUGCAGGAGUACUACGCGCGCCAGAAAACACUUGAGAUCAAUCCGAGGUCACCGCUCAUCGAAGGCCUAUUGAAGCGCGUUGAGAGGCUUGCGGACGAGGAAGACGAGGAUAUCAAGAAAGCAGACGAGGAGGAGCUCAAGGAGGUCGCGGCCGUGCUCAUUGACGGUGCUCUUGUACGUUCCGGCUUCGAGGUCUGGGAUUCAAACCUGUUCAUGACGCGCGUUGACCGUGUCCUUCGUCGUUCGCUCGGUGUCGACGAGAACGCCCCGACUGAAGCGAAGGUCAAGCCCGCGCCGCCGACUGACCCUGAGAUUUUGGAGGAGUCCGCGUACGAACCUGAGCCCGAAGAGGACGACGGCGAGGCGAAGGUCGUGGUUCCAGAUCACAUGAAGGAGAAGGUUGCAUUCGAGAUGGAGGAGAUCUCAGAUGAAGAGUACGAGGAGAUGAUGCGUGGCCCGCCUCCGACUGAGGAGCGUGUCACGGUCGACGAGGUUCUUGAAGAGGACAAGGUCGAGUUGCCGGUUGAAGAGGUCGUUGAGGAGCAUGAGGCGGAAAAGGUCAAGCAUGAGGAGCUGUAA